UCUCUCUCUCUCUCUUCUUCUUCAACGCUUCCCAAAUCUUCAACAACAUCACACCCUCUCUUUCUCUCUCUCUAUACACAUUUGUAUAUAUAUAAGCGCUGUCUUCCACCUAACACCACUCUACGAAAACAUAACAUAUAACACUUGGCCCCUCUCUCUCUCUCUCUCUCUUUCUUCACUGUGAAUGAUCAAGAACUGAAAGAAACACCAACACCAGUUACACCACCACCAUCAAUGGCGAACUGGGCAAUUCUUUUUCAGAACUUCACAUUCAAGAAACCCAACAGGCUCCACACAUGGUUCUUCCUCAUCCCCUUCACCACCUUCCUCUGCAUCACCUUCUACUUCCUUGGCCUCUGGCAGAACUCACCCACCGCCGCCACCCUCGCCAUCUCCGACACCCUCUCCUCCGGCAGCCGCGUAUGCCCCCACCUCAAUCUCAAUUCCAAUUCCAAUUCCACCUCCAACCCAUCAACCCAAUCGCCCAACCUCGACUUCUCCGCCCACCACUACGUUCCGGACCCGCCGCAAGAGGAGGCGCGUGUUUUCAACGCGCCUCCGUGCAACGCCUCGCAGUCCGAGUACACGCCAUGCGAGGACGUGCAGAGGUCGCUGAGUUUCCCACGUGAUAGGCUGAUGUACCGGGAGAGGCACUGCCCUGAGCCGGAGGAGGUUCUGCGGUGUCGAAUUCCUGCUCCGGCCGGGUACCGCGUCCCGCUCCGGUGGCCGGCGAGUCGCGACUCGGUGUGGUAUGCGAACGUGCCGCACAAGGAGUUGACGAUAGAGAAGAAAAACCAGAACUGGGUCCGGUUCGAAGGGGACCGGUUCAGUUUCCCUGGUGGUGGGACCAUGUUUCCACGUGGCGCCAGCGCGUACAUCGAUGACAUCGGAAAGAUUAUCAACCUUAAAGAUGGGUCCAUCAGAACCGCCAUAGACACCGGUUGUGGGGUUGCAAGUUGGGGAGCUUAUCUUCUGUCACGUGACAUUUUAGCAGUGUCAUUUGCACCAAGAGAUACACACGAAGCUCAGGUUCAAUUUGGUCUUGAAAGAGGAGUUCCUGCAUUGAUUGGAGUUCUUGCCUCAAUUAGGCUUCCUUACCCUUCAAGAGCAUUUGACAUGGCUCACUGUUCACGUUGCCUUAUUCCCUGGGGCCAGUAUGAGGGAAUUUACUUGACUGAAGUUGAUAGAGUACUACGUCCUGGUGGCUAUUGGAUUCUAUCAGGGCCACCAAUAAACUGGGAGAAUCGUUGGAAAGGAUGGGAGAGGACUCGUGAGAGUCUCAAAGAUGAACAGGAUGGAAUUGAGAAAGUGGCAAAAAGUCUAUGCUGGAAAAAAUUGGCACAGAGGGAUGACCUUGCAAUAUGGCAGAAGCCUACCAAUCAUAUUCAUUGCAAAAUAACAAGAAAGGUCUUCAAGAAUAGACCCUUCUGUGAGGCACAGGAUCCAGACACAGCAUGGUACACUAAAAUGGAUACCUGCUUGACACCAAUGCCUGAGGUAAAUGAUGUCAGAGAUGUUAGUGGUGGGGCAUUGUCUAAUUGGCCUGAGAGACUAACAUCAAUUCCCCCAAGGAUUAGCAGUGGAAGUUUGAAAGGAAUUACAGCUGACAUGUUCCAAGAAAAUUCCCAGUUAUGGAAGAAGAGAGUAGCAUAUUACAAGACCCUCGACUAUCAGCUAGCUGAACGUGGGAGAUAUCGUAAUCUACUUGAUAUGAAUGCUUACUUGGGAGGCUUUGCAGCUGCACUAACUGAUGAUCCUGUGUGGGUCAUGAACAUUGUCCCUGUUGAGGCUGAGAUCAACACACUUGGUGUCAUAUAUGAACGUGGAUUAAUUGGAACCUAUCAGAACUGGUGUGAAGCCAUGUCUACUUACCCACGAACUUAUGACUUCAUACAUGGUGAUUCAAUUUUUAGCCUCUACCAGAACAGAUGCAACAUGGAGGACAUUCUUCUUGAAAUGGAUCGGAUUUUGAGGCCACAAGGUAGUGUAAUAUUGCGUGAUGAUGUGGAUGUGUUGAUGAAGGUGCAAAAGUUUGCAGAAGCAAUGCAAUGGGAUACUAGACUUGCAAACCAUGAAAAGGGACCUCACCAAAGAGAAAAGGUACUACAUGCAGUCAAGCAGUAUUGGACAGCACCACCCCAUGACCAAAAUCAACACAGAAAGCUCUAA